CCGGUGAAAGAGGCGAAUCUUCUCAGUCCUCCGAGCCGCGAUCAGAGCCCAAAGCAGGCCCAGAGACACCCCCCCGACACGGCUCUACGGGCUCCGCGGCCUCUCGGGAGCGGCCAUGGCCCACUGAUACGCGAAUCCAACCGCUUUGCCACUGUGAACUACACCGAUUUCGCGACGGAAACAGCGCGCCUCGGCUACAGCUUUUGACGUAGCGGUGAAGUGUUAGCAUCCAGGGCUAGCUGAAGACGCGGCUCGCCUCGCCUCUGCAUCUGUGUGUUUGUUCAACAUGUCAACUACGGGUUUCAACUCUCAGAACGGGACGGGAGCAGGGCAGCCCUACACGAACGGUCCCUCUCAGAACCUCCAGCAGCUGCCCGGGGUGAAUUAUGGCAUGGCUCAGCUUCAGAACUACAACCAACUGCAGGCCAAAGCACCUAUGGGCCCUGGACUGUACCCCACGUCUGCCCCGGCUGCCCCCUACCAGAGCCACCCUGCCCAAACUCACCCCACCCAGACCCACCCUCCUGUCUCCUCAUACCAACCCCUUAUGCCCCACCCGCCCCUGAGAGGAGGCUCUUUGCCCCACACCCCUCCCCUCUCUGCCAGCCCGGUGCCCAGAAUGCCCUCGGCUCAGAGCACACCUCCGCCGCCCCCCGUCUCCUCAAGCGGGUACUACGCCAGCCCGCACCAGACGCCCUCUAUGGGACAGCCCUGGCAGUACAACGCAGCGCCCACCAACCCGCCGGCACCUAUGACCCCGCCCCACGGACAACAGGCAGCGACCAAUCACAUGCCUCCGCCAAUGUCUAUGGCUCCGCCCACCUCUGCCUACAGCGCCCCUCCCCCGACGAACACUGCCACCAUGCCCCCGGGACCAGCGCUGCCCCCUACCUCUCUGCACGCGUACAGCCAGCCAGGUAUAGCUCCUCCACCCGUCACCCCCAUGGCCCCACACACGUACCAGCCGGGCAGACCUCCUUAUGGCGCCCUUCCCUCUGGAGCUGCACCCACGGGACCCCCACCACCCAUGGGACCCCCUCCACCCAUGGGUCACCCGCCCUCAAUGAAGCCCACUCCUCCUCCCACAGGACCCCCCAUGGGCAAUGCCACCCCUCCCCCUCCAAAGGCUGACGCUCAGUGGGACGGGGUCAACCACACUGCUCCCCCCUCUGAGUCUGAGGAGGGAGACGUGGAGUGCCCAGGAACAAUGGCUGGAAAUGGCCCUCAGGCUCCCAACAGCUACAAUCACAUGGAGAACAAACCAGGCGGCGUUCCUCAGCCAGGCCCUCCAGGACGACACUUGGGGCACUACCCGUCUCUCCCGCCAGGGUACCAAAGCUCUCCACCUGGGCACGCCGGUCAGCCUUACCCGCUCAAACAGCAGCCCUACCAGCAGCCUGGCCCGGCCCAGCUCAGCCCCUCUCUGGCUUCCUUGAGUCUUCAGUCUGGGACCCCCGAGGCUCUGAGAGUCGUAAACCUUCUCCAGGAGAGAAACCUGCUGCCCCCUGGACCCCUCACCCCACCAACGCCCUGUCUGACCCAAGACCUGCAGAGGGUCAACUGCAACCCAGAAGUUUUCCGUUGUACACUGACCAGUAUCCCUCAAACCCAGUCUCUCCUCAACAAAGCCAAGCUGCCCCUUGGCCUGCUGCUGCACCCAUUCAAAGACCUCUCGCAGCUCCCGGUGGUGACGUCCAGUACGAUCGUGCGCUGUCGCUCGUGUCGGACGUACAUCAAUCCUUUUGUGUCGUUUUUGGACCAGAGGCGCUGGAAGUGUAACCUGUGCUACAGAGUCAACGAAGUUCCAGAGGAGUUCAUGUAUAACCCGGUGAGCAGAGCAUACGGAGAGCCCCAUAAGAGACCAGAGGUUCAGAACGCCACCAUCGAGUUCAUUGCACCUUCAGAAUAUAUGUUGAGACCUCCUCAGCCGGCCGUGUACCUGUUUGUUCUGGACGUGUCUCAUAACGCCAUGGAAACGGGAUACCUGCAUGUCUUCUGUCAGUCACUGCUCGACAACUUAAACUCACUUCCCGGAGACUCCCGGACUAAAGUGGGCUUCAUCACAUUCGACAGCACCAUUCACUUCUAUAACCUCCAGGAGGGUCUCUCACAGCCACAGAUGCUUAUAGUGUCAGAUAUAGAAGAUAUAUUUUUACCAACACCAGACAGCCUUCUAGUAAACCUUAAUGAGAGCAAAGAGUUGGUUCAGGACCUGUUGAAGAGUCUGCCCACUCUGUUUGAGAAGACUAUGGAGACUCAGUCUGCUCUGGGCUCCGCGCUGCAGGCCGCCUUCAAGCUGCUGUCGCCCACUGGGGGGCGCAUGUCUGUGUUUCAGACCCAGCUUCCAAACCUCGGGGCUGGAGCACUGCAGUCCAGAGAAGACCCCAACCAGAGGGCUGCUGCAAAGGACGUGCAGCACUUGUCUCCAGCCACAGACUUUUAUAAGAAACUGGCUCUGGACUGUUCUGGCCAGCAGGUGGCAGUGGACCUGUUCCUGCUCAGCGCUCAGUACUGCGACCUGGCUUCCCUCGGCUGCAUCUCCAGGUACUCUGCAGGCUCUGUGUAUUAUUACCCUUCGUACCAUCAGCAGCACAACGUCGCUCAGGUCGAACGCUUCCAGAAGGACCUUAAGAGAUAUUUAACACGAAAGAUCGGCUUCGAAGCUGUUAUGAGGAUACGCUGCACUAAAGGCCUGUCGAUCCACACGUUCCACGGAAACUUCUUCGUGCGCUCCACAGACCUGCUCUCGCUUCCCAACGUGAACCCAGAUGCAGGAUUUGCAGUUCAGAUGUCCAUCGACGAAAACCUGGACGACCUGCAGGUGGUGUCCUUCCAGGCCGCGCUGCUCUACACCUCCAGCAAAGGAGAGAGAAGGAUCCGAGUGCACACGCUCUGUUUGCCGGUGGUGAAUUCUCUGUCGGAUAUUUUUGCUGGAGCCGAUGUUCAGGCCAUCACUGGACUGCUGGCCUGUAUGGCUGUGGACCGCUCAGUGACGGCCAGCCUGAGUGAUGCCAGAGACGCUCUGACCAACGCAGCCAUAGACUCUCUGUCCUGUUACAGACAAUCUGUGCUGACCAUCCAACAGCCCGGGCUCCUGGCCCCUGCCUGUUUAAGACUCUUCCCCCUUUAUGUGCUCGCACUGCACAAACAGAAAGCCUUCAGAGUGGGGACGAGCACCAGACUGGAUGACCGCGUGUUUGCCAUGUGUCAGCUUAAAUACCAGCCGCUGGUCUACGCCAUGUUAAUGAUCCACCCUGCGCUCUACAGAGUGGACGAUCUCACCGACGAGGGCGCGUUGAACAUAAAUGACCGGACGAUCCCUCAGCCCAGGGUCCUGCAGCUGUCUGUGGAGAAGCUGAGCAGGGAGGGGGCCUUCCUGAUGGACGCAGGGACGGUGAUGUAUUUGUGGAUUGGUCGAAACUGUAACCCAGCCUUCCUCACACAAGUCCUGGGCGUGCCGAGCUACGCCGCUGUGCCUGAAAACCUGUAUCUCCUCCCAGAGCUGGACACAGCCGAGUCCCAAAGAGUGAGAGUGUUUGUGGGGUGGCUCAAGGACCAGAGACCCUUCGCUCCCACGCUGCACAUCAUCAGGGACGAGAGCCAGAUGAAGACCAGCUUUUUGCAGAACAUGAUCGAGGACCGAACGGAGUCUGCGCUGUCCUAUUACGAAUUCCUGCUUCAUCUGCAACAACAGAUCUCCAAAUAAACCGGAUGCCCUGCCCCUUUCCCCCUUUAUCCUCCCCUGCGUGUGCAGAUCUAUGUAAAUGAGCGCGAAUGUCGGACAAAAAUAAACUCUAAUCUAACUUUUCAGACUGACCAAUCAGAGAGAAGCAAUGAAACUUAUGAAGCUACUGGCGCUUUUUGUAUCCAGCUAAAGCAUCGGAUGGCGAACUGCAACCCAAAGGUGAUCCAAGUCCGUAUAGAUCUAAUGAAUCAGUGUUUUUCUCAUAGAACAAUGCUGUGCAACUGACCCCAGGCAAGAAGAGAUACAUGAGAUUGAUGUUUUUCUGUUUAAAAUCGCUAUUUCUUCACUAAACAUGAUUCAAAAAUAGGGAUGUUCUGAUAUCACCUUGUAAGAGACGAAGGAGUACUUAAUAUUUGUGAAAUUAUUUUAAUUCAGUUAUUUUUGUGACAUGUUAGGACUAGGGUAAAUGAAGGAACCAAACUAAAGCAAUAUUCAGUUAAUAAGUUACACAUUUUCAAAAGAGAAAAACAGUGACGAAUCAGAGUAUUUACGAGCCAAAUUGUGUCAAAGCUCAACAACUACAUCAGGACGCAAAAACAACCAAACAUCUUAAAUAUGAUAAUUAGCAGUCAAAUUAUUAUUCAUAUUUUUUUCUGAAUUAAUUUUAUGCUUUGUAAUUACAUUUCUUACUUGCCUUACAAAACUGAUUAAAAUGUCUGGUGUCUUACAAUUAGAUUUUUUUUUUUUUGAAAUCUCACCUUUAUACAUUUUUGCAACUCAUAUCCAACCUGAGCCCCAUAAUUCUAAAUAAUGACAAACUUGAGUACUGAAGCGUAUCUGAACAGCCCUGUUUUUACCUGAAGACCUGUUCUUGAGACUGUUAGUGGGUGUCACUGUAGAGCAUUUAAAUGUUUAUUCACUGUUGUGUGUUUGUAUGAGGUAGCCUUGUUGGCACGUCCACUUUAUUUCUAAUUUAAAAUACAAGUCUAAAAUUAAAUCGCAAUAAAGACGUGAUAUUUGAAAAGAGGAAACACGAUCUCUAAGUUAGAAGUAACGGUUAUCCUGAUCCGACUGUGUUUCCAAUCAAAGAAUUAAGAUAAGGUUGUGAGCUCAAAUCCUGGACAGUGCUUUGGUGAACGAUGGGUCAAAUUUCAGACAAAAUAUUCAAGUUCCGUUGUGUAACUUUUCUAUCAGAGGGACCUCUACUUGCUUGUAAUGUUCCGCUUUAUGGCUUUAAACUUAUCGAUUGUGCAUUUAUUGAAUUACAGGUGGUUUUCUUACCAAAUGAUCCACUAUCCACAGAACUGGCAUUUAAUUAACCCAGUUUCAUCACCUGCUUGGGAAAGUUUAAUGCCAUACUGUGGAACAUUUUAGGCAAAGCAACACCAGAAAAGUUACACAUUGCAUCUUUUAAUCACAUUUUACUGGCCUAGCUAUGUAAAAAUCUCGCUUAAUAGAGCUCAACGGUGACGACCCACCCCCUGGUUCUGGUUUCCCAUUCGUUUUUCCCAUAGACUUCCCAUGGACUAUCUGGUAACUAAAGACCUGUUUCUGAAACUUUAGAAACUGCUAAGUUAUUAAAACAUUUCACAGUAUCUUGCUUUUUAAACAUGUUUUUUUUUUUUACUUAAAAAAAUCCCCAUAUAUUGUUAUUGGUUAGCACGUAGCCGGUUAGUCUCUGAGUUCAUAUUAGUCAAUGGGAAAAGUGAAUGGAAAAUUGACUUGUGGAAACCAUAGCCAACUUGAAAGUGGGUGGGACUGUGGAGCGCCAUUCUUUGGUCAGUCCUUUUGGUGUUGUUUGGUGUAAUUUGGUUCAAAAUGCUCUUAAACCAAUGCAAUACCUCAUACAAAUGCAUUUCACAUGUUCAUACAGAAGUGUGCUUUUAUUCUAGUCAUUAUAUUUGUGUGUCGACAAAAUUCUAGUUUAUUUUGAAAUUGUUGAACUGUCUGAAGUCAGAAGGACAUGGUGGUCGUGGAAGAGCAGAAAGGUUUUGUUAUAUCCAUUUGAAAAUGUCCUGUUUUUUUUUUCAUCCUUUCACUGAAAAAACUACAUUUCUACACAGUUUAAAAUGGCUAAAAUUCAAUAUAGAAAUCUUGUUUUGAGUAGUGUUGACAACUGCAUUAACUUCAUUCAUUUGGCCAAUAUUUCAGACUUGUUUUGUGAUACUUUAACUGCGACUACUACUUUUGCAAUCACAAUGUUCCACUUGCAGGGUUAAGAAAAUUGCACUUCAUGUUGUUUUUUUUAAACCCAAAUUUCUACCAGUUUUGAUUUAAAUAAGUUAAAAAUGCAAAUCGAUUUAUACAGAAAACUUGUGUUGACCUUACUAUCAAAACAAGAUUAAAGAUGCACUAUGUAACUUUUCAUCAUGAGGUGUUCGCCAUCUGCUUGUCUCCAUGGAGAUGUUAUUGUGUUGUCUGGAAUGUUCCACAGUAGAGCGUUAAACAUAUCUAUCCUGCGUUUAUUCAUUCAUCUUAUAUUUUUACCUUGGGGAAAAACUUGCUUUCUUAACGUGAGCGGGUCUCCUCUCCACAGAUCAGACCUGUAACUCACCGGCUAACAUUUUAAUGCCAUAUUGCGGACAUUCAAUAACAUUCAAGGCAAAGCAGUAACAUUACCAUGGAGACAACAAAGCAACGGCUCCUUCUCCAGUAAAGUUACAAAGUGCAUCUUUAAAAUUCAAGUCAUUUUAACGUGCACAAUCGUUUUUUGCAGUGUUGACUUUCAGAAAUUGUAGUUUUGUUUCUUUUGUGACGAUUGUUUAAUUUAAAACUCCCGAUCAGAUUAAAUGCUCUAAUUGCCUUGUACGGGAACUCACUUUUUAUUUUUAUUAUAAUUAUUAUUAAGCCUCUGUCUCUAUAUAUGAAAUAUUUUAAUAUAAUAGGAUAUGGGAAAUCUAACACAGACAUAACAAAGCCAUUGUGAUCUUUUAAACAUGCUUAUUGAUACUUGUACAUUGAACAGACUGCGUUAUAUAAAGGUAAUAAUGAUUUUAGUAUAAACUUAAGGUGAAAUGACGCUAAAAUAAAAUGUUUGGGACUUUUUA